GUAUUCACAAGGGUGGGGUCCAUGUUAAGUAUUCAAACAGGACCAGAGACUAUUGAAAUCUGACCCAGGUUCACAGUAAACUCCACCCCCGAGUCACCUGACGACUAAUGUGCAUCUCAGUGCUGUAACUUUAAUAACUCUCCAGGACUCAUGUCUGUCUGACACAACACAACUCUGGGAUUUUAUUUGGAUUGUUCUGAAAUAUCAGGGUGUUAAACCAACCAAUACAAGACAAAGAAAACAAGUGACAUCGUGUGAGAAAAUGGCUUCUAGUUCGUCUCUCCCAGAGGAGGAUUUCUCCUGUACGGUGUGCCUUGACAUCUUGUCAUGCAGCCACAGCUUCUGCCAAGCCUGUCUAAAGGAAUGCUGGAAAGACAAGGAAUCUCGGGAAUGUCCAGUUUGCAGGAGAAGAUCGUCUAAGGAUCAUCCUCUUACAAACCUCUCUCUAAAGAACCUGUGUGAGGCCUUACAGGAAAGGAGACAGACAGAUCCGAAAAGUCCAACCACAGGGUCCAAGGUGCUCUGCAGUCUGCACAGUGAGAAACUCAGGCUGUUCUGUCUGGAGGAUAAAGAGCCCAUCUGUUUGGUGUGUCAGGUCUCAAAGAAACAUAAAGCUCAUGACUGCAUCCCUGUAGCUGAGGCUGUACAGGAUCACAAGGAGGAACUCCAGACUGACCUGAAGCCCUUACAGGAGAAGCUGAAGGUGUUUAAUGAAGUUAAACAAACCUGUGAUCAAACAGCAGGGCACAUUAAGAGCCAGGCCCAGCACACGGAGAAGCAGAUCAAGAAGGAGUUUGAGAAACUUCACCAGUUUCUACGAGAGGAAGAGGAGGCCAGGAUAGCUGCUCUGAAAGAGGAAGAGAAGCAGAAGAGUCAGAAGAUGAAGGUGAAGAUUGAGCAGAUGAACAGAGAGAUUUCAUCACUUUCAGACACAAUCAGAGCCAUAGAGGAGGAGCUGAAAGAUGAAGACAUCUCAUUCCUGCAGAACUUCAAGACCAUGAAGGAAAGAUCCCAGUGCACAAUGCCGGAUCCACAGCUGUUGUCAGGGGCGCUGAUAGACGUGACCAAACACCUGGGCAACCUGAAGUUCAGAGUCUGGGAGAAGAUGCAGGGGAUCGUCAAACACACUCCUGUGAUUCUGGACCCCAACACUGCAUCCCCCUGUCUCUCUCUGUCUGAUGAUCUGACCAGUGUGAGUCAGACUGGCCCAAAGCAGCAGCUCCCUGAAAACCCUGAGAGAUUCACAAAGUACCCAUCUAUUCUGGGCUCUAAGGGGUUCAGCUCAGGUAAACACUGCUGGGAGGUGGAGGUGGGGGACCGUCCUAUCUGGUUUAUGGGCGUGGCUAAAGAGUCAGUUGACAAGAAAAGGGAGCAGACUGUAUCACCAAAGAAUGGAAUCUGGGCUCUAGUGCAGAGGAGUGGUAAGUAUAGUAAUGGAAUGGGAAAGACCCUCCUCCUGAAGAGGAUACCCCAGAGGAUCAGAGUACAGCUGGACUACGACCGGGGGGAGGUGUCCUUCUACGACUCCAAAGACAUGACACUCAUCUACACUCAUAAAGACACAUUCACUGAGACGCUCUACCCAUACUUCUAUAUUGGAUCAUCUGGUGAUGCCAAAAGCACUGGUGUACAGAUCUGCCAAUCAGAGGUGUCUCUGACAGUGAUGUCAUCCCAAUGAGGUUGUGUGUGUGUUUGUGUGUGUGUGUGAGACAGAGAGAGAGAAACAUGAGUCAACUAUACUCAUACUUCUGUCAUUUUUCCUAAUUAAAAAACUCAGUGGGGUCUCAACUUACUGUUGAGAGAAUAGCAGUAAACAUAAGGUGACAUUUAGAAACUUAGUUGUUCAUCAGCUGUUCUCCUCUUAAGUCACUCACUGACAGUCACUCAAUUAGCCCAUGUCAGUUAAAAAUGUUUUGAUUGGGAAAUUAGUUUAGUUACUCUAGCCAGCUGUCUAAACAUGUUGACAUAAUGGCUGAAUUACUGAACGGGCAUGCAGGGCACUUGCCAAGAGGCCCUGAGCUCCAGGGGGCCCCAAUUGAUUUUGUUAGUCACUUUCACUCAGAUAUCAUAUUAACAUUGCAUUAGUCAUGUCAAAAUGUGUAGAAUGCAGGAAAUUAGCUGUGAAACUACAAAAUAAUUGUUCUGUAACGCAAACUCAUAUGUUUACUUUUUGUUCAUAAAAUAAUUGUUCUGCUAACAUAUCCCUCUGUACGUAUUAAAUUAUAGUUUUUAAUCCCGGUGCUGAGUUAAUGUGAGUUAAUGUGUAGCAGCUAAUUGUACAGCAACCAAUGUGAUAAUGGCUUGGGUAAUUUCUGCCUGUUUGUACUCUUCUCCAAAAAGCAUUUUAAUGUUUUAAAAUUGUAUAGAAAUUCAGUAAAUGAGAUAAAACAAAUCAGUGAGACCCCUCCCUGCCCUGACCUCCAGGAGGCCCACAUUGAUUUUGUUAGUCACUCUCACUCAGAUAUAAUUAUUAACGUGAUAUAAGUCAUGGCAAAAUGUGUAGAAUUGCAGGAAAUUAUCUGUAAAACUGCACAAAUAAAAUGUGUAGGUCAACUGAUAGGGCAGCAGCAGCAGUAGACUGGUGACUCCAGGACCCAGAAACACAUUGGACAGGCAGGAGAAAGAGAACAUCAGCUUUAGAGGGGUCAGUACACUCUCCAUAGAUAAUCCUGUGUGUGUGUGUGUGUGUUAGUAAUAGGGGUGGUAUAGUGAAGUGUUACUUUGUCUCAACUUAAAACAAAUAAAACUGUCCUUUAGAA